AAGGGAGAGAGAGUGUCUAAACAAUGACCACGGGAAGCGUCUCUCUCUUUCUUUGCAAGAAUACAUGACGUCAGCAAUGACGUGUCCCGUCAUCAGGGACGACGCAUAUAUCCCUUUUAGCGAGCAAAACCUCUGGCUUCAGUCAUUUCCACAAUCUCAGAUUCUUUGACUUUUGUCUCCUCUCUAGAUUAUUGGAUUCGUGUAUGAGCUUAAACCGGUUCCGGUUAAGAAUGGCGGAGGAAAUCUCAAAGACAAAGCUCGGAUCUUCCUCUUCCUCUUCUUCCUCCGCUUCUGCUGCUGCAUCAGCUGCAACGAACGCAGCGAAAUCGAGAUGGAAGAUCUUAUGGCCCAAUUCCCUCCGCUGGAUCCCCACCUCCACCGACAACAUCAUCGCCGCCGAGAACCGCCUUCUUUCCAUCCUCAAGACGCCUUAUGUACAAGAGCAAGUGAAUAUUGGUUCUGGGCCACCAGGUUCCAAAGUCAGGUGGUUUAGGUCUUCCAGCGAUGAGUCGAGGUACAUCAACACUGUUACCUUUGACGCCAAGGAGGGUUCUCCUACGCUUGUGAUGGUUCAUGGCUAUGCUGCUUCUCAAGGCUUCUUCUUUCGUAACUUCGAUGCUCUUGCCAGUCGGUUUAAGGUCAUCGCUAUUGAUCAACUUGGGUGGGGUGGAUCGAGUAGGCCUGAUUUUACUUGUAAAAGCACAGAAGAAACAGAGGCGUGGUUUAUCGACUCAUUUGAGGAAUGGCGCAAAUCCAAGAAUCUUUGUAACUUCAUUCUUUUAGGACAUUCUUUUGGAGGUUAUGUUGCUGCUAAGUACGCGCUUAAGCACCCUGAGCAUGUUCAACACUUAGUUCUGGUGGGAUCGGCUGGUUUCUCAGCAGAAUCAGAUGCCAAGUCGGAGUGGCUCACUAAGUUCAGAGCAACGUGGAAAGGUGCUCUUCUAAAUCAUCUAUGGGAGUCCAAUUUCACUCCUCAGAAGCUGAUUAGAGGAUUAGGUCCUUGGGGUCCGGGUCUUGUGAACCGGUAUACAAGUGCAAGAUUUGGUGCUCAUUCGGUGGGAACUAUGCUAACAGAUGAGGAAUCCAGAUUGCUCACCGAUUAUGUGUAUCAUACUUUGGCUGCAAAGGCUAGUGGGGAGUUGUGCUUGAAAUACAUCUUCUCCUUCGGAGCAUUUGCUAGGAAGCCACUCUUACAAAGUGCAUCAGAGUGGAAAGUGCCAACAACUUUUAUCUAUGGAAUGAAUGAUUGGAUGAACUAUCAAGGUGCAGUGGAAGCACGGAAACACAUGAAGGUCCCUUGCGAAAUCAUUCGUGUUCCACAGGGUGGCCAUUUUGUGUUCAUAGACAACCCAGCUGGUUUUCAUUCAGCAGUGAUAUAUGCUUGCCGCAAGUAUAUAUCUCAAGACUCUUCUCAUCAAGAACUCAUUCCAGAUGGUUUUCAAUUGGUUUAGUCGUGCUAUGUUUUUCCUUUUACCUUAUCAACUUUACUUUAUUAUAAAUGUA